ACGCCCGUAUUAAACGCACUUCACGCCACCUCACCCUCCUUUCUCUCUCCCCUUCAUUCCCCCUCCGCUUGUUUUCGCUCCACCACACAUCGCUUAAUUUGGGUUUGGGAUCGUCCCUCCUCUUAGAUAGAGAGAGAGAGAGAGAUACGUAUACAUUUACGUAUACACACGUAACGUACGUACAAACUAAGGUACGUAGGAGUGUAGGAGGGAUCUAUAUAUCGAUAGAUGGGGAAUUGCCAAGCGGCGGAGGCGGCGACGGUGGUGAUCGAGCACCCGGGGGGGAGGGUCGAACGAUUCUAUUGGUCGCUCAGCGCCUGCCACGUCAUGGCCGCUAACCCCGGCCACUACGUCGCCGCCGUUAUCGUCACCGCCACCACACCCCCUGCUCCUGCUGCUCCUGCUGCUGCUGCUCACCCGGUGAAGCAUCUUAAGCUGCUCCGCCCCGACGAUACCCUCCUCAUCGGCCGCGUCUACCGCCUCGUCACCUUCGAAGAGGUACUGAGGGAGUUUGCGUCAAAGCAGCGUGUGAAGCUGAGCCGGCUGACCGUGAAGCAGAAAGGUAACGACGACACCGCUCGGCAAAUGACGAGCUGCGGUGGUAUUUAUGGACGGUGCAAACGCCAAGCACGAAAGACGGAGCAAGGCACAGCCCCAGCGACCAUGGUAUCACAGAGACUUUGGCAUGCACAAGCAGCAUCCGCAACCUCCCCGACAAGCGAGGAGCCCUCGGCAGAGACGGAAGCGGAGGCGGCGGCAGUUGCGAGCGGCAGCAGCGGGGGCAGACGGCAGGCUCAUCAGUGGAGGCCGGCAUUGGAGAGCAUUGCUGAGAGUGCCGGCAGCUGAUGGUAAAUCUCAUCCGCGCAGCCUGGCUUGCCGACUGGAGUGCACUUUUCUCUCUUUCUGUAUCUUUCUGUCUAUCUUUAUCUGUAAUUAAAGGGAAAGGAAAAGGACCGAAAUGAAUGAAUGGACAUCUGAAUGUACGAGCCGUG